UUCCUAAAAAAUCAACAAAUUCUCAUAAAAAUCCAAUCUUUUUUUUUUCUUGUUAAUUUGCAGUUUCUCAGACCCAUAUCUUCAAAUUCCUAAAAAUUCAACAAAUUUCCAUAAAAAUCCAAUCUUUUUCAAACCCAUGUUAUUAAAUUCCUAAAAAAUCAAGAAUUUAUCAUAAAAAUUCAAUCUUUUUUGUAAUUUUGUUUCUGGGCUUUGUUCAUCAUGGCUGCAGCUGCUGUUUUGAGAUCAAAAUCAUCAAAAGCAACAUCAUCAAUCUCACAGUUUAGACACUUCAUUUCAUCUACUUACCCUAUAGUUAAUUCCCAUAUCAUUUCUUCAAUACCCACAAAAUAUAAAUUAAAUGACCAUUUUGCCCCUCACCAUAAUCACAAGUCUUUGAAACCCUUUUCACUUUGUGGUGAACUUGUUGUUAAUAAAAGGAGAUUAGUUAGUUUGUCUAGUAGUGGUGGUGGUGGUGGUGGUGGUAAUUAUGGUGAUCCACCUGAGAUUUGGCAGCCUCAACCGGGUUUUAAGGCAGUAUCGGUUUCGGGCGAGGAGGGACCGAAUACGGGUGGGACGGAGUCGGGUUCUGGAGAUGGGAGUUGGGGAGGGUCUAGUUUGGGAAAUAGUUUCCCAACUCCUAAAGAGAUAUGUAAAGGGCUUGAUAAGUUUGUCAUUGGUCAAGAAAGAGCUAAAAAGGUUCUUGCAGUGGCAGUUUACAAUCACUACAAGAGGAUCUCUAUUGACACUUCACAGAAGCCUGCAGGACACUUGAGAAAUGACAAGACAAAUGUCAUGGAUGAUGAUGCUGUAGAACUCGAGAAAAGUAAUAUUCUUCUAAUGGGUCCAACGGGUUCAGGGAAAACGCUACUUGCAAAAACAUUGGCACGCUUAGUGAAUGUUCCUUUUGUUAUUGCAGACGCUACUACACUGACUCAGGCUGGCUAUGUUGGGGAAGAUGUGGAAUCCAUUUUAUACAAGCUCUUGACUGUUGCUGACUAUAAUGUAGCAGCUGCUCAGCAGGGAAUUGUGUAUAUAGAUGAAGUUGACAAGAUUACAAAGAAGUCGGAGAGUGUUAAUAUUAGCAGAGAUGUAUCGGGUGAAGGUGUACAGCAAGCAUUACUAAAGAUGCUAGAAGGGACGGUAGUCAAUGUCCCUGAGAAAGGGGCACGAAAACAUCCUAGAGGAGACAAUAUUCAGAUCGAUACCAAAGAUAUCUUGUUUAUUUGUGGGGGUGCUUUUAUAGAUCUCGAAAAAACCAUUUCAGAAAGACGCCAGGACUCUUCUAUUGGGUUUGGGGCACCUAUUCGUGCAAACAUGAGAACAGGAGGUGUUACAACUGCUGCUGUGACUUCAACCUUGCUGGAAACCGUUGAAAGUAGUGAUCUUAUUGCUUACGGCUUGAUACCUGAAUUUGUUGGACGAUUUCCAAUUCUUGUCAACUUAUUAGCUCUUACAGAGAAUCAACUUAUUCAGGUGCUAACUGAGCCCAAAAACGCAUUAGGCAAACAAUACAGGAAGUUAUUUCAGAUGAAUGGAGUUAAGCUACAUUAUACAGAAAGUGCUUUGAAGUUAAUUGCAAGAAAGGCAAUAACUAAGAACACUGGUGCUCGGGGUUUGAGGGCCUUACUGGAGAACAUAUUAAUGGACGCUAUGUAUGAGAUUCCUGACGUAAGAACAGGUAAAGAUAUAAUAGAAGCCGUGGUCGUUGAUGAAGAAGCGGUUGGGGUUGAGGGACGCGGUUCUGGUGCUAAAAUUCUCCGCGGUGAAGGUGCAUUUGAGCGUUAUCUGUCUCAACAUACAGUAAAAGAUGCGGCAGGAGAUGGCAGAGCCGAGGCUGAGGUAGAUGCCGAGGCGGAUAAUGAGCCAGAGUUGCCUUCUAUUGUUGCUUUGUAAAUCAUGGAUAUCGCCAUGUGUAUGUAUAGAUAAUAUGUACUAAUUCAAGCUCUAAUGAGAAUGUAAUGAUUUAAUAAGUAUUGCAAACAAAUGUUUGUACAUCAAGUUCCAUUCUGUUUGUAUAGCAUCAGAAAAGUUAGUAUAUGAUAUAGCUUUUGUA